ACUCGAAAGGUGGCCAAAACGAGCAUAGAUUCUCAAAAGAAACAAACAUGCUCAAAUUUGUGAUCCUCUCCGUCCUCGUCGCCGCCGCUUCGGCCGGAUACUUGGGAGCCGCUCCUGUCGCUUACGGUGCAGGAUAUGGUGCAGGAUACGGUGCAGGAUACGGUUACGCUUCUCAUGCUGUUCCUUUGUCUUACGCUCGUGCUCCAGUGGCUGUAGCUCACGCCGCUCCCGUAGCCGUCGCUCACGCCGCUCCAGUCGCUUCUUACUCUAACACCUACGCCACCACGACCGCUGUCGCUCAUCACGCACCAGUCGCUGUCGCUCACGCACCAGUCACCUACGCCGCCCCUGCCCCCGUCGCUGUCGCUCACGCCGCACCAGUCGCCUACACUUCUCACGCCGUAGCCGCCCCCGUCGCUGUCGCUCACGCCGCUCCCGUCGCAGUCGGAGUCGCCCACGCCCCAGUAACCACCGGAUACGGACUUGGAUACGGUCUCGGAUACGGCCGCACCUACGGAUACUCCGGACUCGGAUACGGCCGCACCUACGGAUACUCCGGACUCGGAUACGGCCACGGUCUCGGCUACGGCUACGGCCAUGGACUCGGCUACGGGUACGGACACGGUCUCGGAUACUCAGCCCUCGUCCACUAAAUAGUUGUAAAAAGAAAACAUUCACAUCUCCACGUGUAAAUAAUUACAAUAAAAA